AUGGGGCGUGUUUUUGGCCUCCUGCUGUCACUGCAGCCAUGGAAUGAGUGCAGGAAAAUUUGGUCACUUCUGCGCAGUGGGAAGUUUUCCUGUCCCACCACCAAGGAGCCCUUCAGGAGCCCGAAUAGCAAAGGAGACCUCAACAAGUGCAUGAUGUGCCAAAGGCUGCUGGAAAGAGACUCAAACAAAGGGAGUGGUGGAGAGGUGGACAGGAAUGUGAACUCCUUGGGAAAGGAUGACUGUCGGGAGUUUCGGGAUCUGUUCAAGAAAGGGAAACUUUCCUGCACCAGGGAAAAUGACCCUGUCCGGGAUGCCUCUGGGAAGCAGCACAGCAAUAAGUGCAUCAUGUGUGCAGAGAAGUUCAAAAGGGAGAAUGAGCGGAAGUUAUCUAAAAACAGACAAGGAAAAGAUAAGGGGCAAGUUAACACAGUUUCUGUGCAGCAAUUUUGAACAAGGAACAAAUUAAUGAUCCACUCUCC